AUGUAUGAGGAACGCAGCAUGCUGAAUCUCCAGAACAGCUCCAGCUGGAUGAGUACGGACUCCUGGUACCACCAGUCCAACACCAUCACUCCACAGCACGGCACAGAUGGCUGUAUGGAUGAUAUGAACGUACAGACGAUGGCGGGGGCAGACAGAGGGGUGCAGGGAGAGAGGGACGAGGUGGACGAGGCGCAGCUGCACCUCCAACUCAAACGAAAACUUCAGAGAAACCGCACCAGCUUCAGCCAGGAGCAGAUUGACGCUCUGGAGAAAGAGUUUGAAAGGACACAUUACCCGGAUGUCUUCGCCCGAGAGAGACUAGCUGCCAAAAUCGACCUUCCUGAAGCUCGCAUCCAGGUGUGGUUCUCCAAUCGGAGAGCUAAGUGGAGGAGGGAGGAGAAGCUGAGGAACCAGAAGAGGUUGGGGGGCGGGAUUUCCUGUUCUCAAACGCACACACCCCUGAGCACGUCCUUUAACCCGCCUGUCUAUCAUCCUCACCAUGGAAACACCUCUGGUUCAGCACACAGUCGGAGUGACUCGUCUCUCUCCACCUACGGGUCGCUGUCUGUCUUCUCCACGGUGCAGUCUUUGCCCCCUCAGUCGACCUCUUCCUAUUCGAGCAUGUUACCUCCCUCGCCUUCUGCUCCUCCUGCCCUACCUCGAAAAUUUGACCCCAGCCCUUAUUCCUCCCCUCACCUCCCACCUCCUCCAACAGCCGGCACAAAUACAGGUUUUCUCCCUGGCUUGUCAGUAGCAGGACCGGUGGGAGUCCAUGCUGGUGAUCAGGACAUGGGUUUGGGCCAGUACUGGACCAGGCUGCAGUGA